GUUACGUGAGGUUGCCACAAUACAUUGCUAUCUUCCUAAAUGGAGAACUCGAGUCUAACUUUAGCUCUAAAUUCAUCAGCGUCAAAAUCAGGAUGCGAUGAAUGGUUGGACAUGAUCUUUUUAGUGUUAGACGGAUUAUUAUCAGGCGUAAUUAUAAUCGGCAAUGGAGUAACUUGUCUUAUUCUCCUGAGAAACAGCCAUUUCAGAAGCUGUUUUAUGAACACUUUCCUCGUAAGUUUGGCUGUUGCGGAUAUUUUAAUGGCUGUGUUUGUGAUGCCGGGUGAGGUGAUCUUUUGUACAAGUUGCAGCCAACCAGUCAGCGAAUAUUGCUGGCUAAUCGGUUCCGUGAGAUAUUUUGUUUUUUCGGCAACGAAACUCAAUCUGCUCGCCAUUACCUACGACAGAUACACAGCGGUGAUGAGUCCUCUAAGGUACAACGCAAAAAUCAACUUGAAGAAAGUCAUCUCAAUUCUUUCAUUAGUAUGGACGUUUCCCAUGAUUUUAACACUGAGCCGUUUAGUUUGGUGGAUCAAGCUACCUCGGCAUCAAGCUUUAUACGCGGACCGUAUCUUUAACACGUGUCUUAUGUUCUCGCUGGUUACUCUACCUGUUGCUGUACUAUUAGUUGCGAACCUCAGGAUUGUAUUGGAAAUCAGAAAACAGCAUCGUCGAGUGAGCACAAUGGACAAAGCAAGCGUAACAGAAACUUGCUCAAGUAGCAACAAUGCAAGCAAUAAGCACAGACGGAAAACAUCGCGUCAGGCGGGAAGAAAGGGAACAACGGCUUGUGUUCUUGUGGUGUUUAUUUUUGUGAUGUGUUGGUUUCCCAGGGGAUUGUAUAAUAUUUUCAGGCUGUUUGGCAAAGAAGGGCCGUUGUUGAGGGAACUAAGCCUGUUUUUCCUGUUUGUUCAGUCAGCCAUUAAUCCGUUCGUAUACUCGUUUUACAGAACUGAUUUUAGACGUGCGUUGGUAAGACUUCUGCGAUGUCGUUAGUCCCGACUACUCUCCAGUCUCCUCCACAGCUGCUAAUAUAGUUGACAUGACAGUGACACAGAUUAUUACCCCCUCCAGCCCCCAACGACUCUUUUGCCUGAACAACUCUGAGUGAGUUGUUAAGGCAAAAGAGUAGCCCCAAGUUCAAUCGUUGCAGAGAAAAGAGCCUACAGCACAACCGCAGAGUUCUUAGAAACGUAGGCUACCCUAGAAGCAGGUUAAAAUAGAUAAGAUAAAGACGUAGGAAAAUAGAUGAGAUAAAGAUGUAGGCAAAAUAAAAACAUUGAACAAUUUAGACCUUCUGAACAUGUAGCUCUUGUUUGGUUGAUUUAUUCUCGGUACAUUUCAAGAUUCAAAACUUCGUUAUGUAUGACUCAUUAGCCGGUUGCGUCCCAGCAUUUUUUGCUGUAAUGACGCCUUAAUAUCUAGCUAGCCGAAGUGCAGCUGUAUUGUGAGAUAACAGAUAUAGAAAUUUGGCCGGACUUCCUGACAUUAGUAGUAAAAGAAAGGCGGUGCUUUAAAGACAAUUAAAUGGCUCCGCUAUGACAAGGCUAAGUGGUAUAAUUUAUUUAGCUGUUCUGAGGCUAUAAUUUAAUGUGUCUGUGAAUAUUAUUUGUCACCCAUGAGUA